AUGGUCGCCGCCGACGAAACGCAGCCCCUGCUGGCGGGCGCGUCAGAGGGGUCAAUCCCCCAACGCUCGGAUUCGAAGAAACUCAUGAUCCUGCUCAUGUGUGGAAUUUUCGUUCUGGCCGCAGAUUUUGGCAACGAUAUGGCGCUCGCCCCGCAGACUGCGAUCUUUGAGCAGAUCAUCUGUCGCAACCAGGGACUUUUGUCGAGUGGAGGGGGCACGCCAUCAACGGGUAAUCCACCGGUCAAUGGCAGUGAUCCAUGCAAAUCGGAAGCCGUGCAGGCCGAAUUGGCGCUGAUAUUAGGAUAUAAGGAUAUGUUCGAGGUGCUGCCGGGCAUCCUGUUGUCCUUACCCUACGGAAUGUUGUCGGAUCAUUGGGGGCGCAAGCCAGUCAUCUACCUGGGCAUUGUGGGUUUGCUGCUGGGGGAGAUAUGGAUCCGCCUUGUGGCAUUUUGGUCAAACGUGCUGCCCCUUCGACUGGUCUGGUUGACAGGACUCUUCAGGGUCAUUGGAGGCGGAGAUCAGGUGGUUGUAUCGAUUGCGUUGGUCAUGGUCGCAGACAUCUUUACGGAAGAAGAACGAACCACGGCGCUCUUCCGUCUUCAAUCCUGUGUGAUUCUCGCCGAGGUCCUAGGCACUCCUAUCAGCGCCUGGAUGAUGCAAUACAACAACUGGCUUCCAUAUAUACUGGGUACAGUCAUCAUAAUUGUGGGAAGUACUCCAAUAUUAUUCCUCCCAGAGACUCUGGAAGAAGCCAAGGCAAAGAAGGCACGAUACCGUCGUGAAGCAGGUCUAGAUGCGGCCGAAACCUCCGACAACACUGACGAACGGGUCGAGCCAUCUGUCAAACGACCAUUACUGCAAGAGGUUAUCCACCAGGCUCGCGAAUUCAAAGACUCGACGCAGUUUAUUUGGCGUAAUUACAGUGUCUGUCUGGUGAUUCUGUGCUUGCUGGUCACAGUCAUCAGUCGCCAGUCCUCCAGCGUGCUCCUCCAAUUUGCUUCGAAGAAAUUCAACUGGAGCAUUCCUAGGACCAGUCUGUUGAUUUCGUUACGUGGGGUAUUCAACCUCGUCAACUAUCUCGUCGUCAUGCCAGCAUUGUCCUUCGUCGCUGCCAAGUAUCUCAACUUGCACGGACAGCAUCGCGAUCACCGUCUGAGCCAGGGCAGCGGACUGGUCUCGAUUAUCGGCUUCCUUGUCAUAGGCCUCGCACCCGUUCCAGCUCUGCUGAUUUGUGGGUUGGUUAUUCUCUCCCUGGGCUCUGCGUUCCUUAUCACUGCGCGCAGUCUGGCAACCGGCCUUGUGCCUCCAGAUCACGUCGGCACGCUUUACUCGGCUAUUGCGAUCUCUCAAUCCCUCGGCAUCCUCAUAGCUGGCCCACUAUUUGCCUACCUUUUCCGAGUUGGCUUACAUUUGGGCGGUGCUUGGAUGGGGCUUCCCUUCUUGCAGGCCGGGCUCUUCUACGUGAUUGCUACGCUCGCCAUGUGGUGCAUCCGAGUGCCUCGAGCAACGCAAGAUGAAAACGAGGAGGCAGAGCCAUUAUCAUCAGAAUAG